CUGAACUGCCCCAACCUUCUCGGCCUGUCUUCAUAAGGGAGGUUCUCCAGCCCUCUUACCAACUCCAUGGCCUUCUCUGGACUUGCUCCAACAAAUGUCAUUGUUUAUGCUUGUGCUCUGUUUUUGUCACUUCAGCAUUGCAGCCGUGGCCUGCAUCACAUUAUUUCAUUUGUACGCCAUAUUUGUGUGCAAAAUCAAACGCAUCUUUUGAAAUCCUUUCUUUAGCAAGAUGCUGCCAACCACGUUGAUUAAUUCUGGGAGCCAGGGCAAUGGCGUGCUGAGCCCCAGAGAUGCUGCGAGGCACACGGCCGGAGCAAAACGCUACAAGUACCUCCGGAGGCUCUUCCACUUCCGACAGAUGGACUUCGAGUUUGCGCUUUGGCAGAUGCUUUACCUGUUCACUUCACCACAGAGGGUUUACAGGAACUUUCACUACAGAAAACAGACAAAGGACCAAUGGGCAAGAGAUGAUCCUGCUUUCCUAGUGCUGCUCAGUAUUUGGCUCUGCGUGUCUACUGUAGGAUUUGGAUUUGUGUUGGACAUGGGUUUUUUUGAAACAAUAAAACUGCUACUUUGGGUUGUAUUCAUAGACUGCGUAGGCGUUGGGCUCCUGAUUGCAACUCUGAUGUGGUUCAUUUCAAAUAAGUAUUUAGUGAAGCAGCAGAACAGAGAUUAUGAUGUGGAGUGGGGAUAUGCCUUUGAUGUACAUCUGAAUGCUUUCUACCCUCUUCUAGUCAUCCUGCAUUUUAUCCAGCUGUUCUUCAUCAACUAUGUCAUCAUAUCUGAUUCUGUCAUUGGGUAUUUUGUUGGGAAUACAUUAUGGCUGAUUGCAAUUGGCUAUUACAUCUAUGUGACAUUCCUAGGAUACAGUGCAUUGCCCUUUUUGAAGAACACAGCUAUUCUUUUGUAUCCAUUUGCACUUCUCAUCAUGCUCUAUUUGAUCUCAUUAGCAUGUGGAUGGAACUUCACCAAGAUGCUUUGUUCCUUUUAUAAAUACAGAGUGAAAUAAAACCAGGACUUCAUGUAUCUGAUGAUUUUGUUUCUACCGUAGCCAUUUUGACAGUAAAGAAAAAAUGAAGAACAUUUUGUAAAUGGUUGUAAAUUUCUCUUUAUUGUAGAUAAUUGUGUAAAAAAGUUUGAAGUGUCCUUUUUUAUUAAAAUAUUUACAACAGUAAA